AUGAUUAAAAAUGAUUAUUUAUUGAUUUUUAUUGGUAUAUUAAUGUUAAUUUUAGGGGUUUUAAUUGGUGUUGCUUUUCUAACUUUAUUAGAACGUAAGGUAUUAGGUUAUAUUCAAAUUCGAAAAGGUCCUAAUAAGUUGGGGAUUAUGGGAAUCUUACAACCUUUUAGUGAUGCAAUUAAAUUAUUUACUAAGGAACAGACUUAUCCAUUAUAUUCUAACUAUUUUGUUUAUUAUUUUUCUCCUAUUUUUAGUUUUUUUUUUAUCAUUAUUAAUUUGAAUGGUUAUUCCUUAUUAUUUUAAUAUAAUUAGAUUUAAUUUAGGGGUUUUUUUUUUUUUUGUUGUACUAGUAUAGGAGUUUAUACAUUAAUAUUGGCUGGUUGAUCUUCUAAUUCUAAUUAUGCAUUAUUAGGUGGUUUACGGGCAGUUGCUCAAACUAUUUCUUAUGAGGUUAGUUUAGCUUUAAUUAUAUUAUCUGUUAUUAUUAUAAUUAUGGAUUUUAAUUUGUUAAAAUUUAAUAAUUAUCAAUCAUUAAUUUGAUUUAUUUUUGUUAUAAUGCCUUUAUCUUUAUGUUGGCUAUCUUCAAGUUUGGCUGAAACUAAUCGAACACCAUUUGAUUUUGCUGAAGGUGAAAGAGAGUUGGUGUCUGGGUUUAAUGUUGAGUAUAGAAGAGGUGGUUUUGCUUUAAUUUUUUUAGCUGAAUAUUCUAGAAUCUUAUUUAUAAGUAUAUUAUUUAUUUUAAUAUAUAUGGGGGGUUAUAGCUUAAGAAUUUUUUUUUAUUUAAAAUUAGCAUUUAUUUCAUUUUUUUUCAUUUGAGUUCGUGGAACUUUACCUCGUUAUCGAUAUGAUAAAUUAAUGUAUUUAGCUUGAAAAAGAUAUUUACCUCUUUCUUUAAAUUUUUUAAUAUUGUUUAUUGGUGUGAAGAUUUUUUUUAUUUAAAA